AUGAAAAACAAGGAAGAAGCUGCACCUGCGGCCAUUUCGCAUGAGAAGGCGUCCAUACCGAUGUCACAUCAUCAAGGUGACGACGAUGGAGAGAACUAUGGCAAGCUCAUUGCUUUGAGCAGGCUCGUUUCAGAUGUUGUCUUACAUAAGAAGCCCAACAUGUCCAAGAGGCCGAGUGGCAUUCUCAUAGGACGCAACCUAGAAUGUGAUGUUGUCAUAAAUGAAGCUCAAAUCAGUAAUAGGCAUUGCCUUGUAUUCUUCAAAAAGAUGUUUGAUGAGGAAAAGGGAAGAAGUGAAGAUUGCUGUUUCCUAGAAGAUACAAGCUCGAAUGGAACAUAUGUGAACGGCACCAAGAUUGGAAAGUCGAAUGUGGUCAAGCUUCAGGAUGGAGACACAAUUCAAUUGUUCAAGCUUGCCCAAGGCGGCCCUGAAGGCAAGUUCUUCAAAUAUGAAGCACCUCCGCCACCUGCAUCAGCUGUGUCUGUCAGGAAUGCCAACACGAUAGCGGAUGCAUACACAUUUGAUAAGGAACUCGGCAGCGGAAACUUUGCGUCGGUUCGGCUUGCCACCGACAACGAAACAGGCGACCACGUUGCCAUUAAAGUCAUAGACAAACGACGCUUUCACCUAAAGCCAAAGUUUGUGACUAAUUUGAAGGAUGAGAUAUCAAUCAUGUUUGGUGUGAAACAUGACAAUAUCGUAUCGAUUAUUGAUGUAUAUGAAGAUGCAGAGCAAGUGUAUAUAGUAUUGGAGCUCGUGCCCGGUGGAGAAAUGUUUGACAGGAUUACGCAACUUACAAAGUUCACAGAAGAGCAGACUCGUCAAGUGAUGAUACAGAUGCUGUCUGCCAUCAAAUAUCUACACGAACGUGGCAUUGUACAUAGAGAUUUGAAACCUGAGAACGUAUUGAUGGUAUCAAAGGACCUUGGUGACAUGACUGUAAAGAUAUCAGAUUUCGGGCUUGCGAGGUUGGUAAUCGGAGACGAAACCGUGAUGCAAACGCUCUGUGGGACGCCCAACUAUGCGGCUCCUGAAGUAUUGGCAAAAGGAGAACGUGCAUAUACAGAAGCGAUUGAUUUGUGGUCUUUAGGAGUUGUGCUAUAUAUAUGUCUAUGUGGCUAUCCCCCUUUCUCUGAUGAUCUCGCACCGCCCAGUAUGAUUGAACAGAUUCGACGUGGAAAGUUUGCAUUUCAGAAUCCAUGGUGGAGGGGCAUCUCUCAUGAUGCCAAAGAUAUGAUAUGCAAGCUGCUCAAAGUAGAUCCAAAUGAACGACUUACAGCAGGACAAGCUCUUCAGCACCCUUGGAUGAAGAUAAACGCAGCAGAAUUUUCGUCACAGCCAAUACCGAAAAGCUUGCCAGUCUCAAUGCCAGUCUCUGUAUUCACGAGAGGCGACACGCUCUUGAGUCCAAGCAAGCUUGAUCGAACUAUAAUAAGAGUGAAGACGCCUGAACUUGAUACAAAUGGAUUACAACGGAAACGACCAGGGAAGAGGAAGAACGCCACGACCAAUUCUGCUGAAAUGGCUCGUCAGACUGCUGCAAUGGAGGAGAGUGAAGAAGAGGUGGAUCGCAAACGUCAAAAACGAGAAACCACACCGCCACUUAUGAGUGAUGGCAGUCCCAGAAAAGCAAAGCAGAAGAAGAAGGCCAAUAAAGCUGUAAAAUAG